AUGUCAAACCCAACUACCCAGAAGACCGAUGCCACAGAGCAGCCCCCAUCACAAACAAAGCCCCAAGUCCUAGAGGAAGAUGACGAGUUCGAGGAUUUCCCCGUUGAAGACUGGCCCCAAGAAGAAGCCGAGCAGACCUCUGGCUCGGCAGCAAAUGGCGGUAGCGAGCAUCUGUGGGAAGAGAGCUGGGAUGACGAUGAUGCGGCGGAGGACUUCUCAAAGCAGCUCCAGGAAGAAUUGAAGAAAGUCGAAGCCUCGGCUUAA